AUGGAUGAAACAUACGUCCAUUCAUCUCAUACCUACCAAAAGAGCUGGUCUGAUAGUUCAAACAAGGGCAUACAAAAACCAGUAUCUAAAGGACAGAUGCUUGUGAUAGUGCAUGCUGGAGGUGAAAGUGGUUUUGUUAAAAGCGCUUAUCUGCGCUACAAACCUACUAUUAAAACAGGAGAUUAUCAUGAUGCAAUGAACUACGACAAUUACAAAAAGUGGCUUCAGGAUAAACUGAUACCAAAUUUGCCCCCGAACAGCGUUUUAGUGAUUGAUAAUGCACCGUAUCACAACGUACAAACUGAGAAAUGUCCAACUAUGUCUUCCAGGAAAGCAGAAAUAAAGCAGUGGCUGACAACGCGAAAUAUUUCCUUUACAGAUGACAUGUUGAAACUUGAAUUAUACGACAUUAUAAAAUUACACAAACCUCUGUUUAAAACCUAUAAAAUUGACAAAAUACUCGAGGAUAAAGGACAUUCAGUUUUACGGUUACCCAAGAUUAUUAUCCGGAUUUGA